AUGGGCACUCACUUGCCUGACCUCUGCCCGGCUCACCGCCGCCUUGCCAUGCCCAAGAACGACUACCUCGUGAUCUCCCGCGGCCAGUGGGAUGCCGAUGCCCGCCCUGAAGACGUGCAGCAGGCCAUCGACGCCUUCUAUGUCUGGUACGAGCAGGGCCUGGCCAGCGGGCGCCUCAAGCCCGGCAGCCGGCUGCAACCCGAGGCCCGUGUCGUCGGCCGCGGAGGCAUCGUCACCGACGGCCCCUUUGCCGAGACGAAGGAGUGGGUGGGGGGCUACUGGAUCAUCGUGGCGGCGUCGCUCGACGACGCCGUGGCGAUCGCCGCCGAGAACCCCUGCCUCCAGCACGGCCUGACGCUGGAGAUCCGUCCGCUGGACCCCGCCCGCGCCGAUGUGCGCGUGCUGGCCAACGAAACCCCGCCGACCUGGCGCUGA